AUGACAGUGGACGAAAUUAAUCGAAUGGAACCAAAUGGUUCUAGCGCACUUCAUGUAGCUGCAUAUCGGGGACAUGAGAAGAUUGUUGAACUGUUAUUGCAGAAAGGUGCUAGUUAUUCAGCAGUAAAUAAAUAUGACUGUACUCCACUUGAUGAAGCUAAAACCGAUAAAAUAAGACAGUUAAUUCGUCGUCGCAUGAAUCAGAAACGUUUCGUCAGUGACUCCAUCGAAUGGAUUCUUCAAACAGAUAAUGCCGAUUACCAAGCACAUGAAUAUUUUAAAAAAUUGGAAUCAUAUGGCAAAGAUCAACACUAUUAUAAGUUGAUUGCUUAUAUAAGGAAAAAUUAUCUCGAAAACGAAUUACAAGUUAUAGAUGGUAUCAAUACAAUAAAAGAAUACUUUGACAAAGCAAUCAAUGAGAAAGAUCCAACUUAUUUAUUAACAGCGUAUACAGCUGAAACAGAUUUUUAUACUACGCUAAAUGUCGAUUUAGCAAAAUUGGAAUCAUUGGAAUCAAUGCUUGUCAUCCAAAGUUCGAGACAUUAUCAUAUAUUGGAAAAGUGUUUCAUGGUAUGA